AAGUAUAACUCGUGUGGGAGUGUGGAGUGUUGUUACAAAUUCCUGUUUUUCCACUAACAUUCAUUCAUGGAAACAAUGCAACUCCACACCAUCUUCAUGUUCUAUUUUCUCCUCCUCUUUCACGGUGUAUCCACCACAACAAUCAUGAUGGUAAACAAAUGCACCCAUCCGGUCUGGCCGGGAAUCCAACCCGGUGCCGGCCAGCCGGUUCUCGCCCGCGGCGGUUUUAAACUCCCACCAAAAAAAGCCUACACUCUCUUCCUCCCACCGGCCUGGUCCGGCCGUCUCUGGGGCCGUGUCGGCUGCUCAUUCGACUCCACCGGCCGCGGUAAAUGCACCACGGGCGACUGCGGAGGCUCCCUCUUCUGCAAUGGCGCCGGCGGUACACCACCGGCAACAUUAGCUGAAAUCACCCUCACCGCCGAACAAGACUUCUACGACGUCAGUCUAGUCGACGGGUAUAACAUUCCGAUAGCUAUAAAGCCGUUUAAGGGGACCGGAAAAUGCAGUUAUGCAGGUUGCGUUAGCGAUCUGAACAUAAUGUGUCCAGUGGGGUUGCAAGUGCGGUCACGCGACAAGAGACGGGUGGUGGCGUGUAGGAGUGCGUGUUCAGCGUUUAACGCUCCGAGGUUUUGUUGUACGGGGAGGUAUGGGAACCCGCAGACGUGUAAACCUACGGCGUAUUCAAGGAUUUUUAAGGUGGCGUGUCCCAGGGCUUAUUCGUAUGCGUACGAUGAUCCCACUAGUAUUGCAACUUGCAAAGGUGCUAGCUAUUUGCUCACUUUCUGUCCUCAUCAUUAAUGUUUCUAAACAAUGUUUGUACGGUACAAGUGUUGAUGGGUUCAAAAUGCUACUUGAACUAGUUAGAUGUAUUUAUGUUAUAUAUGGAAUGUAUAUUUUAAUAUUUAGAGUAAAUUGCCCUUUUAGUGCA